AUGAGCAAUCUAGAGAGAAUAAAACAGAGACUAGAAGAGUCACUAGAAAAACAUAAAAACAGACUGAUGAAAACGAGAGAGACAAAGAAAAUAAAAAAUUUAUUUCUGAACCAUAAGACUUCUAAGGAGAACACCAAUAAUAAGGGGGAAAACAGCAGGUCAGUUGCUGCGGUUACUGUGGCUACUGCGGUUAAUGCGGCUACUGCGGUUAAUGCGGCUACUGCGGCUACUGCGGCUACUGCGGUUACUGCGGCUACUGCAGUUGUUGCAGGUAAUAAAAAUGGCAAAAAUGUUGAAUGUGCUAAAAAUUCUGAACACGUUAAUAAUUCUGAACGCAUUAAUAUUCUUGGCGAUGUCGAAUGUACCGAUGCCGCUGAGAAGCGUCCCAGUGCGACUAAACGCAGGUCCACAAAUGGGAGUAGAUCUAACUUGCAAAAUAAAUUAAUAGAAAGUGUAGUAAAUACAAAGCUUCUUCUCAUAAAUAAGAAGAAAGAAAUUAUGCAUGUUGAUGAUAUACCGUGUCAUAGUAUGAAAACGAAUCGUAUAUUGGGUACGUUAAAAGGUGUAACUUGUAAAAGUAGUAGAUGCAUAUCUAGGGGUAAACAAGAAGCAAGGGAUAAACUUAGAAAUGGGAGCAUUCAAAGGAAUGAAGCUAAAAGUGAAGCAAUACUAGUGAAUAAUGAGUUAGAGAGUAAUAUUAAGAAAGAGGACUAUAAUAAACGGGAAAAAACUACUAGUAGUGAUGAUAUAGUUUCUAUAAAAAUGUCAAAUAAUAAUGACGAUUUUCAAAAUGUAUCUAAAGAAGUACGGGAUAACUUAAAUGAUUUAUUUCGAAAUUUUGUAAACUGCAAAAUUAAUAAUCUGUAUGUUAUAAAUGGUGAUAGGAGCAAAUUACCCAUGCAUAAUUUUGCCAGUGAGGAAAAGGAGUUGGAGGCUAUUCAGAAUGAAAGUGUUGACAAGAAGUUGGGUAAGACGGACAUAGUGAACGAAGUAGACCAAGUAGAUAAAAUAGACAAUACUGAAUAUAUUAACUGUGCAGAGGGACACAGUAAAGAGGAGGUAACCACGUUUGAUUGGGAUAGAAAUUACCAAAUGGGGGAAGAAAUAACCUUGUUUGAUAGGGCUAAGAAACGUGAAAUGUGUGUGGGGGGAAAUAGUCCCUAUGAUAUUGCUAAUUUUAAUAGAGGGGGAAAAAAAAGAAUAAAUGAAGAAGAAAUUUUAAAAAAGGAUAAAAUGAAUUACUUAAAAAAUGUAAGCAUAUACUCUAUAGGUAGAGGUGCUUACAACAGCAAUUUUAUAAAAUUAAUGGAAAUAGAAAAAAAUAUGAAAAAAAAGAUAAAGCAGUUUGAAGAAGAAAAAAAAAGGGGGGAAAAGAAUCAAAUGGGGAGGAAAAAGAUAAAAGAGAUUGAAGCGGAGGGAAAAAAAGAACGACUUGCUGAUUCUAUUACUCGUACUGCUACGCAUACAACUACUCACGCAAAGAGAUCAUCCUAUUUGUCAAUAUCGUCUAAAGAUGAAACUGUUCAAAGCUAUUCUGAAAAAAACAAUGAUUUUGGAACCUUUAUCAAAUCGUCAAAAGACUCAGUGACAGUCAACUUAUCAUCAUCCUCCUUUGUAACUGUUACUAAUACAGAAAGCGAAAAUUCAUGCACAGAUGAUAGUGUAGAACUGUUUACUACUCAAAGGAAAAUUUACCUAUGCAACUACUACAAAAAGAUGAAGAGGAAAAAGAAAAGGACGAUAAAGAAAAAUAUUCUAGAAAACUGUAGUGCCUGUAGUUACUCUGAAGGGGGCCAUUCUUAUGAAAACCAUAAAAAAGGGGUUAUUUCUGGUGAAGAAGCAGAUGUGGAGAUAGACCAUGAAGAGCCAGACGAAGUGGAAGUGGCAUGCUUAGAUGUAGAUGCAGUGAAAGUGGAACAUACGGACGAAGAAACAGAGUUAGAUGGUGUAAGUGCUCAUUCGAAGGAUCACAACAGUUUAAGGGGAAAAUGUCGUCCUAUGGAAAAAAAUCGUUCUCCUAUUCUAUGGUAUAUGAGAAAGAGAGAUGAAUUGGAAAAGAGUUAUAAGUUUGAUAAGCCCAGGAAUUCGGAUAAACGCCAUAUGCGUUAUGGAAGAAACAAACAAUUUUAUAGCCAUCCAAAUGUGGAAAAGCUUGACCACGAUGAAGACACAUAUGAAGAUACGUAUGAAGAUACACAUGCAUAUGUAUAUGAUGACAAAUAUGAAGAUGCAUAUAAAGAUAUGUUUGAAUGUGAUAAUGUAAAAAAUCGUUUAAAGGUAGGGAAGCAAAAAGGUAGAAAUGUAAUGCAUAAGAAGAGCAGUAGGAAUAUGACGUCAACCCUCCCUAGUAGAUUUUUAGAAAAAAAUCCUACCAUUAACUUUGGUAAACACGAGUAUAGCUACUAUUUAUCAGAUGCAGGUACUUAUGAUGGUGCAGGAACGAAAAAUAUAAAGAGAUUUUUAAAAAGUAAACAGAGUGAGGAUUACAAUGAGAUGGCAAUUUUGGGCUGUUCCAUGGAAAACGAAACCAAUAAAGAAAAAAAAAAGAAAAAAGAAAAAUUAAGCAAAGGAUUACAUAAAAAAUUGCGUAAUAAAUUGAGUAAUACAUUGAGUAAUGCAUUGAGUAAUAAACUGCGUCAUAAAUUGCGUAACAGAGAUGAUUUAAAAAAUAUAAGGAACGAAUUAUGUUCAUAUGAUAAUACAAUCUGUAGUGCACGCACGAGUAAUCGCAAUUCCGAUAGCCAUGUGUCCUCCUCAAGUGAUAAAUGUGAUAGUAAUAUUUCCCAUAAUGCAAUGAAUAAUCAUUAUAGGGACGAAGGGGAAGACAAGAAGAUGACAAAGUAUAAUAGGAUAUUCUCGUCUAGAGGAAGAGUAAGCAGUUGUGAGGAGCAAGCAGCAUCCACAUUCGUAAGAGAUGUAGUAGAAGGCAAGAAAAACAAAAGCGCACAUAAUUAUUUAAGGGACAAUAUAUAUGAACGUAAAAAUUUUUUACCAUAUAUGUGUAGUAAUAAGAGAAAUAAUGUAAUCCUUGAUGUAUCAAAUGAAUUAACGAAGAGUUCUCAGCUACAUUUUGUGCCUAAUGAAGAAAGUACCUUUUUUGAAAAUCAUAUCAUUCCUUCUUCUUUCGAUAAUGAAACACAUAAAAAAAAAAUAAAAUAUAUAAAUAGAGAAAGAAAAAAUAAAUACAUCCUUCCUUUAAAUAGUAUUAAUAAUAGGUAUAAUAAUAGUAACGACAACGUGGAAAGAAAUGGAACCAAGGGACAAGAUGAUAUCCCUGUUACUGUUAGCAAGAAACAAACAAGUAGUAGUCAAAAUUUAAAUUUAUCAAUAACCCCUAUAACAUGUAUGGAGAACCACAAUUCUUCUACAGAUACAAAGUGUUACGUAUGUUCUUAUCCCAUACAUAAGGAAGAGAAUAAAUUUAUUUUAAAAAGGGACAGUGAUAUAUAUAAAGAACCCCAAGGUUGUCAAGCGAGCAAUAUGAGAAGGGGGACCUUCAUUCCAUCAUCUGCAUGUAGACAAACAGCGGAAGGCGAUAGUCCCUUUCGCUCGAAUAGAACUAAAAUUGUGGAUCGUGAAUCGGCAUUUUGCAAUGAUGGCGGCGUUGAUGGUAUUAGCGGUAUUGGCAGUAUUGGCAAUAUUGAUCCUAGAAAUAGAAGAGAUGUAACACAAGCGGAGUGCAGAAGAUCUAAGCAUACGUGCAGUAGUUACAAUAGUAGAAGCAGUAGUAGUAGAGGUAGCAGUAAUAAUAGUAUGAGGGGAGAGGACAAAGGUGUAGAAUGGACUAACUAUUUAGCUUCUACUUUUUCUGAUACGUCCUACAGUUUUAGAGACAAUUUCACUUUUUCCACCUACAUGAACAAGGUCAGGAAAAAUAUAAAAAAUGAAAAAAAGGAUGUACAGAUAUAUAAUAAAGGAGAGAAUAUUAAAGGAAAUAACAGUAUGAAAGGAGAGAACAAGGAGGUAUACCACUGUGGUAGUAGUAUGAUUACUUAUAAAGAAUUUCUAGAUAUACUGGGAAAUUGUUGUUUCAAAGGAAUGAAGAAAGAUGAUAAUAUGGAUGUACAUAAAAUGGGGCACAUGAUGGACAAUAUGAAAGACGAAGAGAAGAAAAAAGUAAUUAUAAAAUGUAUAAAGGAGUUGUACCGCCAGUAUAAGAAGGGACCUUCAUUUCGUCCAUAUGGUGAGGAGGAUGAUAAGAGGUGCAAUGGUAAGAGAGGCGGUGAUAAGAGUGGAAAUGGUAAGAGAGGCGGUGAUAAGAGUGGAAAUGGUAAGAGAGGCGGUGAUAAGAGUGGAAAUGGUAAGAGAGGCGGUGAUAAGAGUGGAAAUAGUAAGAGAGGCGGUGAUAAGAGUGGAAAUGGUAAGAAUGGCAAUGGUAAAAAUGGCAAUGCUAAGAAUGACAAUGGUAAAAAUGGCAAUGCUAAGAAUGACAAUGGUAAGAUUGACAUUGAUAAGAAUAGCCAUGAUGAUGGCAAUCUAGCUAUCAAUCACACCCGUGAAGAACCUAAUGUUAAAAACUGCUUCCAUAAUUCUGAGGGUAACGGUGUUCCGAGUGUUGUCAUCUCUUAUAGCCCUCAAAAGGAUAUGCAUAACGAGAGACAUAUUAUACACACACGCGUAUACAGGGAAAAAGGAGACGAAAUAAGAAAUAAGGAGGAAAAGAAGGAAAAACAAAUGACGUAUAAAGAAGAUAUGUUUUGUAAUCAGAAGUCAAAUAGCAGUAGAACAAGAAGGGAAUAUUUCUUAAACAAUAAAAAUCGUUCCCUGAAAGAAAAUGAAUAUGAAAAUUUAAAGUCUAAAAAUAUAAGAAGCUUUACGAACAGUAGUACUGACUGUGAAGGAUCUGCGAUGAGGCACAUUAGACAGCAGGAGCAGGCAAGGGUGGAUGCUCAGGAUGAGCAGAAUGAACAGUAUAAGCAGGAUAAGGAUAAAAGUGAUAACAAUGAUGAAAAUGAUGAGAAUGCAGAGGGAAAAAAAAAACUAAAAAUAAAUAACACUGUUUUAAAAAAACUGUUAAAAAUAAAAGUAGAGGCGAUGAAAAAGGAGGAUAAUCAGAAGGUAGAAAUUAAAGAAGAGGAAGAAUUGGAAAGAGGGGGUAACAAAAAGGAAACAAAAAUAAUAGGACUGUGUCCAAUACAGAAUAAUAAGCAAUACCUCUUUAACGAAGUAGUGCUGUUAAAUGAAUAUGAAGGAAGCAGUUACAUAAAUAAGUGUUCAAUCAACUCCCUUAGUGAUAGACAAAAACAUGAACACAACAUGAAUGAAGAAGCGAUCAGUAAUAGAAGUCAAACAAAGCCUGUUUUUCACAAUUUGUACAAUGGCUAUGUGGAAUCUCACGCGCGGAACCGAGUUACGUCAGUCAGAAGUUCUCUUGGUAGGUCUAGUGAAGGAGUUCAAGUAAGAAAUUAUAAUAAUUACUUUGAUGGAUGUGAGGGGCGUAAUAGUGAGGGUACGCAUAGUAGUCCCUAUGUUGAUAACCAUUCUGAUAGUGAUGUUAAGCGAGGCGACAACACAAUUUAUAACAAGACAUUCUGGAAGAGAGGAGCCCAGGAAAGAAGUAGCAAUAAAAAUAAGUGCAUAGAUGGUAAUAGGGAAAAUAAUAGUAAUAGUUAUAACAAUAGAGAUGGAAAUAGAACUGGAAAUUGCAAUAAUGAUAAUGCGGCAUUGGCUGUGCAUAAGGAAAAUGCACAAAGAGAUAGAAGCCAAGUAGAAAUUUUAAAUUUUGAUGAAUCAUACUACUGCUAUUUGAAGAACGUAAAAAACGGGGAUGUAUACCCCAAUUCAGAAGAACCUAUAACUACAACAGAUAAGAGAAAAUUAAUGAAUGCAUAUCUGAAUGAUAAAAGGAAAAGGAAAAAUAGGGAAAAAUAUUUUUUAAAAUAUAACAUUGAAUUUUUUAAAAUAGCACAAUUUUUUUGCCAAGAUAACUGUUUAUAUAGUAACUACAUAAGACAUAUGGCGUAUAAUUUGAUGAAGUCGAAUGAUGAUACUGACAAGAUAGCUUUUUCGAUUGUUAAAUUGUUUCGUUCACAAAAAAGAAAUCUUGUUUAG